ACUAUUCUCAAUCAAUUUAUCUCUCUCUUUCUUCCAUCUUCUUCAUUUCAUUGCUUCAAUCCUCAGUCACCGCCACAUCCCGCCGUCCAUAGCUGAAAGGGAUUACUUAGUCAGACUCAUCUUCCAAGACCCACAAAUUUUUGUCCAAUAUUUUGAUGGGUUGUUCAUCAAAUUUCAGUUUAUCUGUCUUCUUCACUUCUCCCCAAUGAGAAUGCAACUAUUUUCAUUGCCUUUCAUCAUACAAAUCCUCUUAAUCUUCAUUACUACAAUUAAAGUCGCUGCCCAAUGUCGGAGCGACCAACAAUCUUCAUUAAUCCAACUCAAGAAUGAGCUAACAUUCAAUUCCUCUCUCUCAAGCAAGCUGCCAACUUGGAAUCAAACCACCGAUUGUUGUCAAUGGUUAGGGAUCGGUUGCGAUUUAAAUGGUCGAGUCAUUGUUCUCGACUUGAACGGUGAAAUGAUCUCCGGUGGAAUCAAUCAGACUAGCAGUCUCUUCAGUCUUCAGUUCCUCCAACGGUUAAAUUUGGCUAACAACAGAUUUAAUUCGGCUCAAAUUCCAUCUGGGGUCGGAAAUUUGAUUGAAUUAAGGUAUUUGAAUCUAUCCAGUUGUGGGUUAACUGGGCAAAUACCAAUCGAGUUAUCGCGUUUGACGAGGUUGGUUGUUCUGGAUCUUUCUUCCCUUUACUUUGCUGGACUUGAAUCAUUAAAACUGGAAAAUCCCAAUUUAAUGAUGUUUGUUCGGAACAUGACAGUACUUAAAGAACUGUAUCUUGAUGGUGUGAAUAUCUCAGCCUCAGGAAAUGAAUGGGGGCAGGCCAUUUCCUCAUCGUUGCCUAAUCUGGAAGUAUUAAGCAUGUCCAACUGUUACCUCGCCGGACCGAUUGAUCAUUCUCUUAUGAAUCUAACGUUCCUAUCCAUUAUCCGGCUGGAUCAGAAUAACCUGUCCACAAAUGUUCCAGAUUUCAUUGCGGAUUUCAGGAAUUUGACGGUUCUGCGACUUAGUUCUUGUAACUUGAAUGGGACAUUUCCAGAAAAGAUUCUUAAGGCUCCAACGCUUCAAAUUUUGGACUUAACAACCAACGCUAAGCUUCAUGGGUCAUUACCGGAAUUUCCUGAUAAUGGCUCUCUACAGAAUCUAAAACUGAGUUAUACAAAUAUUUCUGGUCAGCUGCCUAAUUCAACUGGGAAGUUGAUGAAUCUGUCUAGAAUAGAGCUUUCUAACUGCAAUUUCAGUGGAGAUAUACCGACUUCAAUGGGGAAACUUGCCAAACUAGUUUACUUGGACUUGUCAUGGAACUCAUUUUCUGGGCCGAUCCCAUCUUUUCAAAUCUGCAAGAAUCUCACCUACAUGGACCUAUCUCAAAACUCACUUUCAGGUUCAGUUCCUUCGUCGUACUUUGAUGGCCUUGAGAAACUUGUGAACAUUGAUUGGAGAAACAAUUUGUUCAAUGGGACUGUUCCAACGUCAUUGUUUUCUAUCCCAUCCUUGCAGAAAAUUCAGCUUUCGAACAACCAGUUUGGUGAUCAAAUUACUGAAUUUUUUAAUCCAAACUCCAGUCUAGAUACCUUGGAUCUGAGUAAUAAUAAUGUGCAAGGCCCUAUUCCAAAUUCUUUCUUCCAAUUUAGAAGUCUCAACGUCCUAUCACUCUCCUACAACAACUUCAGUGGUCACUUGAAGCUUGAAGAAAUGGCAACGAAUUUCCCAAACCUUACACGACUAGAGUUGUCGUGUAACAACUUGUCAAUUGAUGCCAAUUUCAGUAAUGAUAGUUUUCCGAUGCUGACAGUGCUGAAAUUGGCUUCUUCAAAGCUGAACCAAUUCCCUAAUCUAAGAAACCGGUCAAGAAUUAACAUUCUUGAUCUUUCAGAUAAUGAGAUUGAUGGGGAAAUACCAAACUGGUUAUGGAAUGUCAGCUCUCUUCGUCAACUAAAUCUUUCUGCUAAUUUUCUUGUGGGAAUGCAGAAGCCUUAUGCUAUUUCUACCAGUCUUUCGAUCCUGGAUCUGCAUUUAAAUAAGCUGAGUGGUGAGAUACCAAUUGUACCGGCAUCUAUAAUCUACUUGGAUUGUUCCAGCAAUAAUUUGGAAUCUUCUCUUCCGGAUGAAAUAGGCAAUAGCCUUUUAUUUGCUAAUUUCUUCUCGCUUGCGAGGAACCGUCUGAGUGGAGUUAUUCCUAUGUCAAUAUGCAACGCGACAAACCUUAUGGUUCUUGAUUUGUUCACUAACGAAUUCAAUGGGAGCAUACCUAGUUGUUUGAUUGAGAAGAACAGUAUGUCUCUUGGAGUAUUGAAUUUAGGGAAUAACCGUCUCACUGGCUCUAUAACAGGAAAUUUCCCAGAAAAAUGUGUUCUGAAGACGCUGGACUUGAAUGGCAACCUUUUGGAAGGGAAAGUUCCGAUAUCUCUGGCCAAUUGCAAAGAUUUAGAAGUCUUAAAUCUUGGCAAUAACAAGAUGAUCGAUAACUACCCCUGUUUUCUGAAAAACUCUUCUAGCUUGCGUGUUCUUGUUCUGAGACGAAACAAUUUUCAUGGAAAUAUCAGCUGUUAUCAUACAGGUGUUACUAAUACGACUUGGGAAAAGCUGCAAAUAGUGGAUCUUGCUUUAAACAAUUUCACUGGUAUUAUACCUGCAAAAUGUUUCUCAAGCUGGAAAGGAAUGGCAAACAGUGUUGAUGGUGAAAAGACAGAUCUCGACCAUUUGCGUUUCGAGUUCAUGAAACUCAAUCGCUUCUAUUAUCAAGACACAGUGACAGUUACCAACAAAGGGUUACAAAUGGAGCUGGUCAAGAUCUUGACAGUAUUUACUUCCGUUGAUUUCUCAGGAAACCAAUUAGAGGGAGAGAUACCUUCAACUGUAGGAGAUAUGAAAGCGCUCUAUGUUCUCAACUUAUCUCACAAUGCCCUGACUGGUCAGAUACCAUCAGUAAUAGGAAAUUUGACGCAGCUCGGUUCUCUUGAUCUGUCAAAUAAUAGUCUUAGUGGGAAUAUACCGUUACAGCUUCUGGAUCUUACGUUUCUAUCGGUCCUAAACCUAUCUUACAACAAACUUACAGGAAUGAUCCCAUAUAGCAGACAAUUCCUAACAUUCUCUGAAACUUCUUUCCUCGGGAAUCCAGGAUUAUGUGGAAUUGUCCUCAAUGUAUCUUGCAGCACAAAACUAUCCCCAUCCAACAACACAUCAGAUAAAAGAUCAUUUCUGCGGAUAAGAUUUGAUUGGCAAUUCAUAUUUACAGGGAUGGGAUUCGGAAUAGGGUCAGGAUUGAUUGUGGGUGUUCUCUUUUUCUGCAAGCCUACUAGUAGAUGGUGCGACAAACACGUUGAGAAGUUUGCCAUGUUUAUUAUUGCAUGUUUGGGAUUGAAGAAGAAAUCAGAGAAAUGCUUUGAGGAAAUGUUGUAUGAUGAUCAUGAUGAGACGGAUGAUUCUGACGAAGAUAUUCAAGAUGGUGAGAUUUCUGAGAGACGGUAUUGCAUUUUCUGUACAAGACUCGAUAGUAAUCGGAAAAAUGUCAUACAUAAUCCACAAUGUUGUUGCCAUGACAAGAGAACAUCUGUCUACUCUUUCUCUUCUUCCACAACUUCUUCUUCUUGAUUAGAGAAAAAUAUUCAUUCUUUUUGUG